AUGGGAAUUGAGGAGAGAAAACAAAUGAAGAAGCCAGCACAAGCCAGCUCUAGAAAGGGGUGUAUGAGGGGCAAAGGAGGCCCUGAGAAUGCAAGUUGCACCUACAAAGGCGUGAGGCAGAGAACUUGGGGCAAAUGGGUUGCUGAGAUCCGUGAACCCAACCGUGGUGCUCGCCUUUGGCUUGGCACAUUUGAGACCUCUCACGAAGCCGCUUUGGCUUACGAUACUGCUGCACGUAAGCUUUAUGGUUCAGAUGCAAAGCUCAAUCUGCCAGAGCUUUCUCCUCCUCCUGUGAAUUCUCAAUCGCCAAAUCCUUCCCCUAACACCCAAAUUCCCCAAAUGCAACAGCCUCAGAUUCACCCCAACAACUUUGAUACCCCAAGUGUCACUUCUGAUCUGAAUAAAAGCAUGAACCCUUUAGUCUCUGUGACUUCUGAAAUUGUUGGUGAUGGACCAUUCUAUACCAACAACCCUAUUGUGACUCCUCCUCUUGAAACCAACACUAAUCCAAUUGAAAAUCAUUCCAAGCCCAUAGGUCACAACGAAGAAGAUAAACUUCGUUCCUUUUGGGGGACCAUGAAUGAGGGUAUGCCUUUGUUUGAUGAAUCCAUUUGGACUGAAGCUGCUAUGUCCAUCGAUUUUCCUAUUAUUUCAGAUGAUCAAAUUUAUGCAGCUGCAAAUUUCCCUGAUGUUGGUGCCUGGGACUCCUUGCAAACUCAUUGGUGCAUGUAA